ACUAAUGUAAUCUUUCUCUUUUCAGAAUAUUCAAUUCCGAUUGCAGUAGCUACUUUGGGAAUAUGUGGCUGCAUAUAUGUCAAGGAUUAUUUAUUGAAUUAUGAAAAAAAGCGCUUGGAGGGAUUUUACUAUUUUGGUCAGAAAAUCCUUUUGGGGGUUUUCUUCCUGCUUCACCUAAUAUUAAGUUUCCUGUAUCUAAGUGUGAUUCUAGAAAAUGACAAAGGACGACCUGUAAAGACCUGCGAGUUUGUGCUAAUCUACAUUCUGACUGUCACAUUGCUCUUUCGAUUCUGGCAUCGACGACGUGUCCUUGCCAAACCCCGUAAAUAUGUAUAUUUCUCAGGGACUUUUGGUCUCCCUCUCCUGAAUUCUGUUGCCCUGGCUGUAGCAUUACAACUCAAAGCAGACACAGGAAAACAGCCAUUGGAUCUACGGCUGAUUGUCCUGAUUUCUGGGUCUGUCAUCCUCUUCAGCUGGUUUGUUAUACAGAUGUCUGCAUACUGUUUGGUCAAAAAAGAAAAAAUAAAAGAAGAGAUGGGCUUGAUUCAGAGACAGCAAGAUACCGAGUUGGACCAGAGAUCACAUGACAGUCACAAGACUGAAGCGUCAUCAUCCACUGAUCCCAAAGAACUGAAGGCAGAGGAGGGAUCACAUGACAGUGAGGAGACUGAAGCAUUGUCCCCCCCUAAUCCCAAUGGACCAAACACAGAGGAGGGAUCAUGUGACAAUCAAGAGAUGGAGGCAUCGUCACCUGCUGAUCACAGUGAACCAAACACAGAGGAAGUAUUACUGGGAGAGAAGAACACAGAAGUAUGAAGGAUCAAUAGCGCUUAAUUUUAGAUUUUUGCCUGCAGUCCCAAGUUUACCAGGUCCUGAUGAAUCAACAAGUUAUUCUUGUUAGCAGGCAUCAGAUUAUUGAUGCUAAUUUACAGUUAACUAUCUGAAGAGUUAAGGGACUUUGCUGGGUAGCAAAUAAGCUUUUCUAGGACCAGCUGCACAUGCAUAUAAGCAGAUGUUCAUCUACAGAGCAGCACCCUGAGAAGGACCAUUAUGUUGUAUCUAUAGUCAGUCACCUGAGGAUAAAGUCAGCUGUGAAGAUCAAUAGAGGGUCCUUCAUGUCAUCCUGUUGCUUCCAAACUGAACUCUGCAUAUUAUGCUUUUGUUACAUGGAACUUUUCACGAUCCUACAGUAUUUCUCGGAAUAUCUGCUUAGUGUAAAAGCUUAUUUAUUUCAUUUGAAGAGACACUGCUUAGCAAAACAAUGUAUUUUUUGAAAGUUAGUCACAAGUGGAAAUUAGCGGGAGAACAUUUUAAAACAAAUUUG